GCGCUAGGAUAGGAGGGUUACACACGGCUCUUACAUGCCACCCAUUAAUUGAAAAAGGUCCUGUAAAAUUACUGAAAUGAUCAAACGUUUGCCUCAAGGGCAACUAUUGCUUGUUAUGUUGUGCGCUACUUUUGCCAUCAAUGUGGGAUCGGCAGGCUUAACUACCAAAGCCAUUAGCGGAAAACAUUUUGUUGUUUCAGGGAUCAGUUCUGUUGCCGGGUUUCAUAUGCUUAGAAACGCUUCGGGCCACAUUAUUAAACUGGAUGGAUCAGCAACCAAAAUGCUUAACUGGUUGUCACAAUUCUAUCAUUUCACAUAUUCCGUGUUUCAAAUAAACGCGACGGCAAUAGAUUCGUCACCUAACCAACCGGGGCUUAUAAGCUAUCUACUUCGUAAAGAAAUAGAUAUGAUCAUCUCCCUUUCGCCAACGCAAUCGCGUUUGUCUUUCUUAGACUUUUCUCAUCCAACGCUGUACGUGCCAGUUUCAUUUUUAAUUCCCCUUCCGGAUUCCUCCGUUAAAGUCGAAGCUGUCGUAAAACCAUUCGAACCUAAGGUGUGGCUAGCUCUGAUAUUGGCAAUUCCGUGCGUUAUCUUGGCCUUGUCGUUGCUUAACCGUCACGCUGAUUUUUUCCUUGGUUAUGGAAAUACGCCAAGGAUGAAAAAGGAGCCUCGCUGGGGACACACCAGUUUUUACGUUUUUGGACUUUUGCUAAACCAAGGAGGAAGUCAUUUGUAUGGAAAAUCAUUAUCGUUUUAUUGUCUCGGCGGGGCUUGGUGUAUUGCAACGUUUGUCAUUGUUAAUGCAUACAACUCAACUUUGAUUUCGCACGUAACCUUACCCAAAAAAGAACCGCUAAUCAAAUCCAUUUACGAUCUGCGAAAUCGGCCUGAUGUUCAUUUAGUGACGGAUAGAAACAUGAACACCGAUGCAGUCUUAUCGGCUGCUGGCACUGGAUUUCUCAAGUUUCUGGGGGACAGAUUACGCGAUUAUCCCAAAUCUCGUUGUAAUGCCACCAAGCACUGCGUUGAGUUGGUGAAAUCGGGCUCUCACGUUUACAGCUCAGGAGUCAACUCAUUCUUGUAUGGCGCCAUUAGAGAAGAUUACAAGGCCACAGGACAGUGUAACCUGCAGUUGGAAAGAGAAAAUUUCAUGAACUUGCAGAUAUCAUGGGCCCUCCCAAAACAAAGCCAACAUUUGAAGUACUUGAACCACGGGAUUAUGAAAAUGCGUGAAGCAGGACUAGUGGAUCUAUGGAACAAAAAUUUUCAACCAGAUACGAGGGAAUGCCUGCUAAACGAGAAGGCGUCCAAAAUAAAUAAGCGCAUUAUCAAGCAGUUGGAGUUAGAAAACCUGGUUGGAUCAUUUGUCGUGCUGGCAAUAGGACUUCUUGUUUCUCUCAUUAUUUUCGUUGGCGAAGUCAUCAUAUUUUAUAGGUUCUCACACCGAGGUACUGCUGACAAGUGAUCCCAUCGAAGUUUUCACGGUUUCGAUGAAAGUGGCAUACCAAAAUCGUGGGCACUAUGCUCGCACUGGUCGGUCGACAAAACAAUAUUAGUAAUUUUAUAGAAAUUCGUUUAGUUUCCGAGUACCAUUUAGUAAAUUGUUAUCGUUGUCAACUAUAAUACGCGGAAAGGAUAAUAUUUGUGUAUUUUGAUGAUGAGAAUGAAACGUAAUCACGCAAGAACACGUUGCACCAAAAUUACAGACAUCACUGUAAGUGCAAAGCGCAGUAGCCUAUAGCCUACCGCUCAGCAAACAAUAAACGAGAAAAAAAAAAGAGAAAAUAAAAA